UCAUCCGGACAGAUUCUUCUUCUUCUUCUCUCUCCAGUGGAUACUGCGGGGAACACACGGAUUGCCUCUAGGAUGGAUUGCUGAAAAUCCCUUUGGUGCGAGAUUAUCCAUUUAUUUCUUUUCAUUUGCUUCCCGUCACACUCUCUCGUCUCCAUCCAUCCCAUCCAUGAGUCCGGACGGGUUCUGACUCGGACAGAAUGCGGAUCCUGGUGUUGAUUCCGCUGCUGUGGGGACUCGGCGAAGGGGCUUUUCCCAGCAGUGUCCAAAUCGGUGGAUUGUUUAUAAGAAACACAGAUCAAGAAUAUACAGCUUUCCGCUUGGCCAUAUUUCUUCAUAAUACGAGUCCGAAUGCCACAGAAGCCCCAUUCAACCUGGUUCCACAUGUCGACAACAUCGAGACAGCAAACAGCUUUGCUGUCACCAAUGCCUUCUGUUCGCAGUAUUCACGAGGAGUGUUUGCGAUAUUCGGCCUGUACGACAAGCGGUCGGUUCACACUCUGACGUCGUUCUGCAGUGCCCUGCACAUCUCUCUGGUGACGCCCAGUUUCCCCGCCGAGGGCGAGACUCAGUUCGUCCUGCAGCUGCGUCCGUCCAUCCGCGGAGCCCUGCUGAGCCUGCUGGACCACUACGACUGGAGUCGCUUCGUGUUCCUGUACGACACAGACAGAGGUAAAAACACACACAUGCAUGCAACUUUAUCAGCUUAUACAUCAUCAUUGACGUAUGAUGGUGUGCUAGUGAUGGCGGAGGCAUUUCGGAAUCUGCGUAGACAGAAGAUCGACAUCUCUCGCAGAGGCAAUGCUGGAGACUGCCUGGCCAACCCCGCUGCCCCUUGGAAUCAGGGAAUUGACAUGGAACGAACUCUGAAACAGGUGAGAAUCCAGGGUCUCACAGGGAAUAUCCAGUUUGAUCAUUAUGGACGCAGAGUCAACUACACCAUGGACGUCUUUGAGCUAAAGAGUAACGGCCCCCGCAAGAUCGGUUACUGGAACGACCUGGAUAAAUUGGUUCUCGUCCAGAACGAGCUCUCCAUGGGCAAUGACUCCGCAAUGGAGAACAGGACGGUUAUCGUCACAACUAUAAUGGAAGGGCCGUAUGUGAUGUUGAAGAAAAACUGGGAGAUGUACGAGGGGAACGAGCAGUUUGAAGGUUACUGUGUGGAUCUGGCGUCUGAAAUCGCCAAACACAUCGGCAUCAAGUACAAGAUCUCAAUCGUGCCGGAUGGGAAAUAUGGAGCCAGAGACCCAGAGACGAAGAUCUGGAACGGCAUGGUUGGGGAGCUGGUGUACGGGAAAGCGGAAAUCGCUGUGGCCCCUUUGACCAUCACUCUGGUCCGGGAGGAGGUGAUUGAUUUCUCCAAGCCCUUCAUGAGUCUGGGCAUCUCCAUCAUGAUCAAGAAGCCGCAAAAGUCCAAACCCGGCGUCUUCUCCUUCCUGGACCCGCUGGCCUACGAGAUCUGGAUGUGCAUCGUGUUCGCCUACAUCGGCGUGAGCGUGGUGCUCUUCCUGGUCAGCCGCUUCAGCCCGUACGAGUGGCACACCGAGGAGCCCGAGGAAGGCUCCGACGGUCCGCCCAGCGACCAGCCCCCCAAUGAGUUCGGCAUCUUCAACAGUCUCUGGUUCUCCCUCGGCGCAUUCAUGCAGCAGGGCUGCGACUUCACACCCAGGUCUCUGUCUGGGCGUAUAGUCGGAGGAGUUUGGUGGUUCUUCACUCUCAUCAUUAUUUCCUCCUACACUGCAAACCUGGCAGCUUUCCUCACCGUGGAGAGAAUGGUGUCGCCUAUCGAGAGCGCAGAAGACCUGGCCAAGCAGACAGAGAUCGCCUAUGGGACUCUCGAUUCGGGCUCCACCAAAGAGUUCUUCAGGAGAUCAAAAAUCGCAGUCUAUGAAAAAAUGUGGAGUUACAUGAAGUCAGCGGAGCCCACCGUCUUCACCAAGACCACAGCAGAGGGCGUCGCUCGCGUCCGCAAGUCCAAGGGCAAAUACGCCUUCCUGCUGGAGUCCACCAUGAACGAGUACACAGAGCAGCGCAAGCCCUGCGACACCAUGAAGGUCGGAGGGAAUCUGGACUCCAAGGGCUACGGCGUCGCUACACCUAAAGGAUCACAGCUAAGAACGCCGGUAAACCUGGCGGUGUUGAAACUGAGUGAAGCAGGAGUGCUAGACAAACUCAAAAAUAAAUGGUGGUACGAUAAGGGCGAGUGUGGACCCAAGGACUCGGGAAGUAAGGACAAGAGUUCGCAGGCUCUGAGCCUCAGCAACGUGGCGGGGGUUUUCUACAUCCUGGUGGGCGGCCUGGGUCUGGCCAUGCUGGUGGCCCUGGUCGAGUUUUGCUAUAAGUCCCGCGCCGAGGCCAAGAAACUGAAGCUCACCUUCUCGGAAGCCAUGAGAAACAAAGCCCGCCUGUCAAUCACGGGCAGCCUGGGGGAAAAUGGGCGUGUCCUGACGCCAGACUGCCCUAAGGCCGUGCACUCUGGCCGCUCCUACCGACAUGGCCCCGCCCUCGCCGUGGUGUCCUCCGACCUCCCAUAGAAACCAAAAACUCACCUUGUGCCUUAAACCAUCUUAUCCGAAGUUCAGAAACGCGCCGGCUUGCGCUUCCCGGGGAUUUGGACCUGAAAAGAAAAACAAUUCAGCCCUCGGGAGGAAAAAACAAACACAAAAAAAAAAAGACGUCAAAAAUUGUAAACGAACACUGAGAUGAACGUUUUGACGCAGUCGAGCAUCAAGGAUCCGUGAUGCCUUAACUGAAGCCUUUGGGGAGAAAAAAAACAACAUUGAGAUGAAAACAAAAUUCACGUAGACGACCAGAUAACUGUACAUGUAAAGACAUUAGCUGCGCUUCCCUGUUCAGCAUUAUUAGACGUAUUAACUCACACCAGAACGACGCAUUUGGUCCACUAGCUGUAUUUACUAAACCGUAUGUAGAUAUUCUCUCAGGAGCCAUCCAAGGAGGACGACGACGUUCAUUUUGGGAGUGGAAAAAAUGGGAGCCGCUUGCUUUUUUUCAUUUUAUUUGUAUCUUUUUGGGACUGAAUUGUAAAUAGACCAGUAGUAAAAGCUGAACACGAUUCUUUUAUAAAGCAUCUUAGGUAAUAAUUCAUUGCAAUAAUGACCAUAGGGAGAGACCUGACUUGUAAUUAAGAGACCUUUUAUAAAACACACAAGUAUUAUUAUUAUUAUAUCUACAGAAAUGAAUCUAUAUAAUAGAGGGACUAAAAACAGCACCGUUUGCGUGUGAGACCAUGGCAUCUGUUCUGUUAACAAUUGUUUUUGAUAACUGAUGUAACGCAGUGUGUGUUCGUGUCUUUGUCUUUAAUGAAUGUCCACGCAUUUCACCGUUCGCACAAACACACACACACACACAGACACACAAACGAGCGUAUGUGAACGCCGCCUCGCAUCAUCACAGCAGGAUCACACACACUGACUCCUGACUCUCACGUUUGGUGUUUGGUUUUGUUUUCUUUGCGUUCAUUUGCUUUUCUCUUUGUACCCACCAAUUCAAAUAAAACUGGAACAUUUAUACUAUAAA